AUGGAUGUCAGAUCACCAUUAGUCAAUGCUACUAAUGAUAAUAACAUCAAUGAUACUUAUUUGGAAUUAAAGGUAAAAUUAAAAGAAUGGGAACAUGAUUUUAUAUUAAAGAAUAAAAGAUCACCACAAAAAAAUGAUAUCAAAAAUUUACCUCGUGUAAAACAAAUGUACAAAAAUUAUUUCAAAUGUAAAAAAAAAAUAGCUAUUGGAGGCAAUCUUUCCAAUAGUAAAUUGUACAAAAAUACACCUACAAAAGUAAACGUUCAUAAUACUACUGAUCUGCCCGCAACGAAAGGAACUCCAAUAAUGCAAGCAACAAUGAGCGAAAAUAAUAAUAACAGUACCGUUGAUAUGGAUAUUGGACCUACCCCUCAAAUAAAUGGAAAACUCGUUAGCAUUCUAGAAAUGGAAAUGUCUCCUUUAAAAAGAAUACCCACAAUAAAUAUAACACAUGAUAAUUAUAAUAGCAGUGAUGAUGCUGGUACGAAUGACAUGACAACGUUAGAGAAACAAUCAAUAGCUUCUUUCUCCUCCUCUCCAUUGCAUCAGCUGCAAAUUACCAACGCUAAAAGGAAAUUAAAUUUCGAUAUAGAUUUAAAUAAAAAUGAUGAUUACGAUGAAUUUUCUUCCAAUAAUGAAGUCGUAGAUAAUUUGAAGCUAUCACCAAAAAGACCAUCAAGUAUAUUACCUAUUAAUUCCCCAAAUAAACUAUUACAAAAUGUAAGUUUACAAAUUAAGAAGGACGAUGCCAAUUUAGGCAAAACAGCAACGCCAUUACCGCAACCUGAUGUUUACCCGUCCACAUUAAAAAGUGAUAACAUGUCGCCAUCUGUAGUAAGUCCUUCUCCAUUAAUCAAAUUAAGUCAGCAUUGUAGCACCAAAUCAUUAUCCGAAUUGGCCAAAGAACAUGAACAACUAGUGGUUGAAUUUCAAGAAAGCAAUGCAAAAAAUAUCAAAAGAAACCUAUUUAAGGAUAUCAUAGGGAGAGGAGAACUUGAUAGCAAAGCUGAUAUUGAUUCUGAGCAUGACCUUAAAAAUACUGAGGAUAAAAAUGAGAAUGAUGAGGAAGAAAUAGAAAAAAGUAUAAAAAGGAACCUUAAAAAAAGAAGAAGGAUUAUUAAAGUUGCUGCACAAAACGUUCCUAAAAAAGACUCUAAAAUACCUAAAAACUUGCACCGUGAGUUGCGACGAUUAAAAGUUAAGAAACUAGUUGAAUAUGGUGGUGAUUCGACAGCCUUUAUGGAUGAGAAGGAACAAGAAGAAGAAUACAUCUCAGAAACAGGAGAUGAAGAGGAAGAAACGCUACCGUCAGUUAAAACAAAAAACGUCAGUAGAAAGAAGAAAUACAACUUGGUGAGUAAUAACUUUAGAAGAUUGAAAAUACCGAAUACAAAAAAAAGACAUAGAUCGUUCAAAAGGUUCGGUGGGAAAAGGUGA